AGUCGAGGUUUGACCAGUGCCGGAGUGAGGUGUGGGCGCCCCUAUUGUGUCGUGUGUCGUGUGUGUGUAUCGUGUGCCCCGCCACCUACCCCACAAUACUGGGCUGCGUGACCCACCAAGCGACACUGUGAGAGUGCAAGUGUUGGUGUGUUAGCGUGCGCGGUAGUUGUUAGUGUGGUGACAGUGAGAGCCCCGACGGUGGAGCUACACGCACACCUACACUCCUUAAGGUUACAUCCGGGAGCCUGAUCUGGUCCCGCCCAAGGUGACCUGGUCCUGCCCAAGGUGACCUGGUCCUGCCCAAGGUGACCUGGUCCCGCCCGAGGUGACCUGGUCCCGCCCAAGGUGACCUGGUCCCGCCCAAGGUGACCUGGUCCCGCCCAAGGUGACCUGGUCCUGCCCGAGGUGACCUGGUCCCGCCCGAGGUGACCAGCAGCGGCUCCUCGCCCCCAGGACACUGCCCUCUGGACCUGCUCGUUGCACAAGUAGCACGAGACGAGCCGUACCAGACUUUUAGACUUUAUCAGAAAGGUCGAGGGAGAGGAGAGUGAGGUCGUCCUUGUAGCGGGCCCGUCCUCAGUGUUGAGGGCCUCGUAGAGCCAAGAUGGCGGCCACCUAGAGCCCAGGACCCGCCCUGCGGCCACACCCUCGCCACACCAUGUGAAGGUCGCCACACCCACGCCCCCUGUGGCUCCCUACUCCCCGGAUACAUACAAUACACCUCCCACAAUACACCUCUCACAAGCCACAAUCGUUGAGUGGUCUUACGUAAAGUCUUACGUGCUCUAAAAGUCUCAGAUCUUCCAAGACUUUUGGAAUCUUCCGCUUAGCAGCAGAGGGUUUGAAGAGCUCCGAGGGUUGCAAGGGCAAAGUUCCCAAGAGUCUGCUCUGGAGCGUGUUACUGCGGGCGACCUUGAGGAGCGAGGCCAGCAGAGAGAGCCCCAGCAGAGGGCAGAGCGAGGCCUGACGCCCGCCUUGCCACAACAGUCGCGCGCCGCCCCCGCCCCCGCCGCCAGCGCUACUCCUCCGCCACUCUUCAGCUCGCACGAAAAAAGAGGUUGAGUGCGAGUCCGCCCUCAGAGCCGAGAUGGACUCGAGAAUCGGCCUGGACUACAUCGUAGAGAACAAGGAGUACACCACGAAGCUCGCUGCUGCUCUGGACACCAGCAAUGUCACCAUCAAGAAGCAAGUGUUCGAGCUGCUGUCGGCGCUGUGCGUCUACAAUGUCGACGGCUACAACAGGGCCAUCGACGCCUUGGAACACUACAAGGCGCUGAAGGCGGAGAGGUACCGCUUCAAGGUGGUGGUGGAGGAGCUGAAGACGGCGACCACCUCCGAGUACCACACGGCCCUCGUCGCUUUCAUCAACUGCAUCAUCAUCUCCACCCCUCACCUCAAGGACAGGAUCAGGAUAAGGAAUGAGUUCAUCGGUCUCAAAGUCUUGGAAGUCAUCAGUAGACUGAGACAAGCGGCGGGGACGGACGCGGACCUUGCCGUGCAGCUGGACGUGUUCGACGAGCAGAGGGACACCGACGAGGCCCAGAUCUCCGGGCCUGAUGGCGUCGACCUCAGCUCUCACCUCGACGUCUUCUACGCCAUCCUCAGACAGGUGGUGGAGACGCCGCAGGAGAUCCCCUUCCUCAGCGUGCUGCAGCACCUGCUGAGGAUCGACCCCAAGGAGCCGGUGAGUGACGUGAUCUGGGACACGGCGGAGAAGCUGCUGCACCGCGCCACCCUGCUGGAGGACGCCAGGGACUCCGCCAGGCUCCUGAGGGCGCCCUCCCAGAAGUCCCUCACCAAGCUGAAGGUGGGAGACGCCUCCAGGUGCCUCUGCUCCUGCCACCGGGACGACCCCAAGUCCCGCAAACACUCCCUCAACCUCAACCUUAAUACUCAACUGUCGCCUUCGACGCUGACCUCACCUGUGACGGACCCCUCGCCCCUGCCGCCGCCCCUGCCAGGGGGUCCGCCGCCACCCCCGCCACCCCCGCCGCUGCCCCCAGGUAGUGGCCCGCCACCUCCCCCUCCACCUCCAGGCGGGCCACCUCCUCCACCACCGCCGCCUGGAGGAGGACCUCCACCGCCGCCUGGGCCGCCCCGUCCUCCAGGACCUCCAGGGGCGGCCGCCAGGAGCCGCCAGGAACCUGCGGAAGAGAAGGUGCGGCUGCCGCAGAUGGAGACCCCCAAACCUCGCUCCAAGAUGAAGACCUUCAACUGGAACAAGAUCCCCAACUCUAAGGUGCUGGCCAAGAACAACAUCUGGUCACAGCUGGCGCGACAACACCAGAACUCGCCAACCACCGCCCUGGACUGGGAGGAGAUGGAGGGCCUCUUCUGCCAGCAGACGACCUCCACCCCCUCCACCUCGCCCUCCAAGACCUCCAAAGAUGCCAAAGAUGAUGUGGAGAAGAAGAAGAAGGAGCCAACGGAGAUCAACUUGCUGGACGGGAAGAGGUCUCUCAACGUCAACAUCUUCCUCAAGCAGUUCCGAGUGAGCAACGAGGAGAUUAUGGAGAUGAUCCGGAACGGGGAGCACAGCGACAUAGGCGCCGAGAAGCUGCGGGGACUGCUCAAGAUCCUGCCGGAGGCCGACGAGAUGGACAUGCUCAGGAAUUUCGACGGUGACCGCACCAAGCUGGGCAGUGCUGAGAAGUUCCUGAUGAUGCUGCUGGAAGUCCCACAGUACAAGCUGAGGAUCGAAGCCAUGCUGCUGAAGGAGGAGUUCGAGUCGACCAUGGACCAGAUCGAGCCCUCUAUCAACGCCUUCCUCUACGCCGGGAGGGACCUGCUCGCCAACCCCCACCUGCAGGAGGUCCUCUACAUGGUCCUCGUCGCCGGCAACUUCCUCAAUAGUGGAGGGUACGCCGGGAACGCCGCCGGCAUGAAGCUUUCCUCGCUCCACAAGCUGACUGACAUCAGAGCCAACAAGCCUGGCAUGACUCUUCUCCACUAUGUUGUUCAGCAAGCGGAGAGGCGGGACCCAGAGCUGCUCAAGUUCCCGGACGAGAUGCCCUGUCUCGAGGAGGCCACCAAGACCACGAUGGAUCAGCUGAUGAGCGAGAUGAAACAGCUGGACGCAAGGAUAUCCAAGCUUUCCACCCAGCUGCACAGUCCCUCCACACCCAGGGACAUCACCCUCCAGAUGGGUGACUUCCUCCAGGUUGCUUCAAAUGAUCUUAAUUCACUGAAAGCAGGAAUUGAGGACGUAGAGAAUGUGAAGAUCAAAGUUGCUGAGUACUUUUGUGAAGACCCCAACACCUUUAAGAUUGAGGAGAGUUUUAAGAUUCUCUUCAACUUCUGCUCAAGAUUCAAACAAGCUAUUGCUGAGAAUGAACGGCGGAGACAGCAAGAAGAACAAGCGGAAAUCAGAAGGAGAACACGAGAAGAAAAUGCAGUUAAGCGUCGAUCUUCUUCACAAGGAGGACAGCCUCGGCCAGGCUCCUUUAGUGGUUCAGAAACAGAGGUCAACAUUAUGGAGAAUCUUCUCUCAGAUAUUCGUUCUGGUUUCACACAGAGAAAAUAUGUAGAAAUGGCUCUCAAUAAGAGUAAGAAAGGGAAAAAGCUGGAUUCUUGGCAGAAUGGUGGAGUGACUUCAGAAGAUGAGAUCUCCCUCUGCAACUCUCCUCGGAUGACUCGACGCCGUAUGGGGUCCUUCUCGGGGCCCACAGGACCCCAGGGUGAAAACCCAAAUAAUGAUAACUCCCCUGAUGUUACACCAAAUGGCAGUCUACGGCGAAGACGUUCUAGGGUUCCUUCAGAGGAAGACGACCACAAACUUAUGGAUUACCUUCACACUGCUGGUCAUGAUGGGUCCAGAGAAAGGAAGUCCUGGUCUGGCAUUGCGGAGGGCUAUGGUUCCCUGGACCGGUCUUUUGCUCGUCGGGCACGUGGAGGAGGAAGAAAUCGUCCAAGUCUUUUAGCAUCUGAGUCUUCAGAGAGAGAGCGACCUGCUUCACCAUCAACCACUUCACCAGACAUCAAGCCCCAACUUCCUGAUCACAACAGACCAAGCAAAAACUGGCGCCAGAAGAUUGAGUCAUGGUUCAAAGAAAAUGAGAAAGAGGAGCGGCAGACUGAUGAGCUUAAGAGACGGCUUCACCAGCAUCGCAAGUCCUUGGAUCUGGAUACAUCACUUGACGAAGGUGGUGGUAUGGGUGGCAGUGUGACUGGUGGUGUUGCCUCCUUAGGAACCUUACCAGAAGAUCAGCAAUCAGAAGACCAUGAAAGACAAGGAGGAAUUGGUGUUGGAGGUACGGGAGGAUACCGACGCGUCUAUCAGGACUGGAGACCUUCAGUAGAAAAGACAGACGUGGUGCGUGCCAUGGAAGCCAUAGAAGAGGCACAGUCCCCAGUCCCAUGCAAGGAGAAGGAUAAAUCUCCAUGGAGAAAAAGUAAUCUCAAUGUGGCAAACUCUAGUGAAGCAACUCGGGAGGACAAUCUAACCCAAUCCUCUGCCUCCACUACUUCUGCGGCCCCUUCCAUAGCUGUCAGAAGGUUCCGCAGGCUGAGAUCCAGGUCUAAUAUUGAGCCUGGUCAAGUUGUACAAGCAGUUCAGGGCUUGGAAGAAGAUGCUGUUGACAGUGCCAGCAGACGAUCCUCUCUCAUUCAGACUCUGGGGCACAGUGAUGCACAAGAUACUCUCAAGCUCUAUAUCCGCCGUACAUCUCACGACGAACACAAAGGUUUAGCUACACACAAUAAUAAAAAUAGUGAGAGCACAGACAAGGACACAGAGCACCUUCAGGAAAGCCCUCCUCGCCGUGGGUCUGCUCCAGCAGCUUCCCCAGGAGAAGAUUCAUCCAUCAGCAGGUCAGAGCAGCUCCUCCAGAAGUACAGACAUUCUGUCGAUGUCUCUGCUGAUAUUCUACGUUCUAUUGAACAGGCUGAAUCCACACCUGGACGUGGUACUGAAGAGGGACGUCGGGAGAAACGAGUAUACCAGCGCACCAUGACUCCCUCCAGCCUGCGUUCAGCUCUUCAGCAGCGUUUAAAGGACAACCUUCAAGCAGCCCAUUUAGCUGGCACCAUCCGUUCACUGGGGGAUGAUACUACUGAACAACUGGAUGAGGAGGAUGAAGAAGAGGAAGCAGAAUCAAAAGAUGAGAACCGAGAAGACCAAAAAUUGUUACCACCAUCUAUUCCCCGCCAUCUUCGUAGGCCUUCACGUGAAGAGGGAAAGUUGGACAAAAUAGAAAUUGAUGCUGAGAAUAUUGAGACACCACCAGUAACCCGAAGAGCAUUUGGAGUGAGAAGUUUUCGCUCACCUUCUGACUCACGCUGGUUAAAUUCCAGACAAGAAGAAAGUGAGGAUCCUGAUGGGCGUAGAGUAGGUCGCCGGUUUCGGACUCUAACAAAUGAGGAUCGUCACAGCACUUUGGGAGAGAAGAAGUUAUUAGAAGGAGAGGUCAUUAGGCAGCGUCUCCACUCAGGAGUAGAUAGUUCUGAAAAUGAAGGCGCUGGUAGUGAGAUUGAGGAAUGUGGAACAGCACGCCGGUCUCAGCGUUUCAAACGCCUAGCUGACCUUGCUAAGGAUGGUGACAGUGAAACAGAGCAGAUGCUUGCAAAGCAGAAAGACCAUCCAGCAUCCAUAGUUGAUGAUGAUGGCCUGGGUGAUGGACACUUUGAACGCUUUUCAUCAAUUCGUAAAACACUGAGACAUAAAAAGGUGCAAGACAAAUUAGAAUCCAAGCCAAAUGAUGAUCAUAUAGAAUCUGAUGCCCGAAGAGGAGGAAGUAUUGGAGUUCCCCAAUUAAAUUCAACUUGCCCAGAGAGUUCUGGAAAAAGUUCUCGUGUACCUCAGGAACAUUUGGCUUGUGAAGAGCCCACUGUAGAAAAAAUUCAUACCAAUAUACAACAAGCAGAGACAAGUGAUAUAACUCGGGAAAGCUAUGAGGAUAAAGAUAGUCGGCUAAAACGAUGGCAACAUAUUAAAGAGACAAAAACUGAUAAUGAAGAACGUGGAAGCAAGUCUCGAGAAGCAGAUUCAUGGAAGGAUCGUCUUACUCGUCGUUUCAGAUCCAGUGUAGAAAAGUAUGAUGUUCAACGAGCCACAGAUGACCACAAGAGUAAGAGUGCAAAAGAUGAACUUAAACCACCAACAUCUGAACGACUGUAUCGAAAAAAUAAGGACAGUGUAGCCCGAGGCCUAGAGACUCGAGGUUCCUUUAGAGUCUCUAGUGGUACUAGUGAUGCACGGAAAGAUCGCAGAGAACGUGCACGAAGUGCUAUUGAUCCAGCUCAAGUUCGCCAAGCUUUGGACAAGGAAAAGGAGAAAGAUAAGAAGCGAUCAGUGUUUGGUGAUCCAUCUAGGGGAGUUGGAAAACUGUUCUCCAAGCUGGAAAGUAAAGAGAGUAAGGAGCCUUCAAGUCUGCGUCGUGGUGAUGCAAGAACAAGGUCACUUUUAGAUACACGAACUAGAAAUCGCAUUCGCGGCAACUCCACAAUUAAGGAUGUUGAUGAAGGGUUUGAGGACACUGGUAGCAUCAAGUCAGAAACAACAAGCCAAGGAGCAUCAUCUACAGGUGAUGUGCCUGAUGCCACUUUAGAAACAACACAUGGAGCACCGUCAUCAGUUAAUAGAAAGAAUCACAGUGAUCUGAGAGUUGAGAACCGCAUUGGAAGUUUGCGGUGUCGACCAGAUGAGCGAAAUAGUUUAAGUGCCUCUAAAAAAAGUGAGAAAUCAGGUUCUCGCUCCAGUCUUCUGUCUUCACGUUCAUCAUUAACUUCUGCAGCUUCAGUGAACACUGUUCGACCUGCAAAGCCUCCAUCAAAGUCACCUAGCACUACCAGCAUGAUCAGUAAUAAAUCUGACACAAGUAAUCGGGCUCGUGGGAAAAUGAAUGACUACACUUCUGCACUCAAGAGUUUGACCUUUAAAAGUUUACGAAUGAACCGCAGUAAUGAGGAGGAAUUUGAGACCACUCAAAGUUCGCCUUGCAGUCCUAAGGGUGAGGAUGUUCAACCACCAUCAUUUCCAGAUGACCGAACAAGGUCCUCAGGUUCCCUUCACAGUUCUGGAGGAGUCACUCCAAGUCGGCCACUCUCUCGAGCUGACUCUACACGUUCUACUGGCUCCAUCAGUAAACAAUCAAGUGAAGGUUCUUUUAAACGUGGAACAGUGCCAAAUACUAAGUCAUCAACACGUAUCACCAAUAACAACAAUAGAGUAAAGCGUCCACUUGCUCCUGCUCAGAUUCGCACUCUUGCCACCACUGAUAAUCGCAUUCGAAGUAUAAGUGGCUCCAGUGGGUCUCUGCGUAAGUCACCCAGCUCUACGCCAAAUUCUUCAGUUAAAGUGAAACGUGGAGAUUCUGGAAGCUCAAAGGAAAAUCUGUCACGGUCCAAUUCUGGCAACAGUAGGGCUGGAGGCACUUCCCGCACCACUUCUCGUUCUACUACUUCAAUAUCAAAGCCCCUUGCUGAUCGUUCAGCUAGCUUCCGCACUUCACCCCCCAAACCGGAAUUAGGAUCUAGGAGAUCUACUGGUAGUACUUCAAAUAAGAGUAGCUCCCUAAGAAAAGGAGGAAGUCUUCCAGCAUUCAUGCGGCCCACCACAUCAUCAUCUUCCAAAGUAAGUGCAACAGAUGCUCCACCAUCUACCACCCCAAUUAAAAAGGUGAAAGUAGUAUCUCGCAAUAUAACACUUUCUACACCUCGACCAAUAGUUAAAUAAUGUAUAUAAACCAGAUAAGCUAUGUCGUAAUGUCUUGAAAGACAAUCCACUUAUAGGAUACUUGAAAUUCACUGGGUAAAGAAUAUCUUCAAAAUUGUGUACCAUUAGCCUGUGAAGCUAUGCUUUGAAGACAGGCAUAAAAAACACUGCAUUUGUGAUGUGCUUGCCCAUGUUAAUAAAUAUGCCAAUUAUCCUAACUACUGUCUCUUAAUGUGAAGUGACCUGUGAAACUGUGUGCCAUGAUUGUCUUAAUGUUAUGUUGGUCCCGUCAGCUUCCCGGGUACGAUUGAACCUUGCUGUUAUUGAAAACUUCAUCUGAACUAUGUUUUUGACAUUAUUUUGUGCAGCUACAUUAUGUAGCAAAAUGUUAAGGAAACUAAUCCUACCCAAGUUAAAUUAUCAUCCCUUGUAUAUAUCCAAAUAAACAUAACCCAAGUUAAAUUAUCAUUACUUGUAAAUAUCCAGAUACACUAUUGCAAGAUUACCAUCAAACAUUUUGCCUUCACACCCUCUAAAUAUAUAGUACUAUAUACCUGAUGGCAUAUUGGCUAGGUUCAUGUACCUUCAUAGUUAAACUAAAUGGGUGAUGUUUUGCCCAUUUUUCUGUAAUUACUAAUGUAAAAAUUACUUACCCCUUCAAUACUGUAAUUAUUUUGGCAUAAGUUUUGUUAAGAAAGAGAUAUGCCAAAAUUUAUCUAUAUCUUUGUAAUAUUUUUACAUUAAUCAUUACAGUAUCUCUUGCUAUCAAUUAUGUUUCCUAAAUGAACUCUCAUAAAGAUGUAGAGCUGAUUACAUUUUGAAAUUUAUACUGACAUAAUUUUAGCCAAAAAAUGGUAACAGUGUGAGUAAUGUAAGAUCACACUUUACCCAUAGAAUUUGGUAUGGUAAGUGUGAAUAAUGCAACCUCACACUCCUCAGUCUGUGAUGCAUCCCUGUGAAAUAAUAAUCAAUAUAAGUUUUUAAUUAAAUGAUGUUAAGCUUGGAGAAAAUCCAAGUGUGCGCAUUAAGCUUGGAGCUAAUGAGUACUUAAGGUUAAGUGUAUUUACCUGCUACCUUGCCUCUAACCACAGAGGCCCCAUUAGCAUCAUUAUUAUAUUCUAUGAAUUUGGACUUCAUUUAUUACCACAAUUUGUGUCCUAAGGUUUUACUUAGUCUGGCCCUACAAGUUCAGUGACUAAAACGGUUGUGUGAUUUAAAUGAAGAAUUGCUAUGCCUUGUCCAAGUUAAUGUACAGUUAUAAUGUUAAUUUAUCGGACUAACGGCUUGCUUUAUAGUGUUUGUCGCUGUUGCUCCCAAGCUGCUGUGCCUUAAUGUUAUUGUGUGUCUGUUUGCUCUAACACUAUCUUGUAUAGCAUUUAUCUUUAAGGAGAUUAAUUUUUAUACUAUGGUCUUAAGCAAUACUGUAAUUCAUGCUUGUAAUUUUUGUGUGUUUAGAUUUUCUUAUGAUAUUGUCUAAAUAUUCUGUACAUAGAAUUUAAUAUAUCAGAUAAAGCAAGAAUACAUUUAUCUUCAUGAAUGUACUUCUGCAUAGAUAUAUUUCAAAAAUUUGCUUUAAAAUCAAAAUAAUUGCUUUGCCAAGUAGGCUACCCAUUCUAACUCAAAUAGGCAGUUUAAACUGCCGAUUUUUAUAAUUAUUUGUAAAUACUGUAUAAGCUAAUUUACAAUUUCUUUCACAUAUAUUUUUAGAAUAUUCCUUAGGCAUUUUAUGAUUCAUGAAGGUGCUUGUAAUUUUCAUAAACAGUCAGGCUUCUUUGUUAUUUUAAGAGUCCAUUGUGGCAUGCCCAGACCUCAGUCAUAUAAGUUCCUGGCUGAAGAGGUUGUACUUAAAUGAGUGUUUCUGUAAUUAUCUUGUCCAUAUGAUCCAUGUUAUAUGUUACAUAAUAUUGGUGUGUGUGUGUGUUUAUAUCUAUCCAUCUAUAUACAGUGGCACCUCGACUUAUGACAGCCCCUACUUACGAAUUUUUUUAAUUACAAUGUAAAUUUUGUCGGAAAAUGUGACUUGACUUACGAUCUUUGCCUCGACUAACGACUUUGUUGAUACGCGUAUGGGUCGACCGAUUGCGUGGUUCCUGGUGGCAUGGCCGACCCCUCCUCAGUUUACCAGAGCUGCCUGCUUAGUGACGAUCAUGCUUGUAAAGAAUUUCAUUAUUUUU